CUCCGUUGCCCCUAGCGGCUGUUUGUUGACUUCCGGGAGCGCGCCGCUGCCUAUGCCCGGAGUGCCGCUAUGGGGGCCCCAGGGGCUUCUGUGGCCCGCGUCUGGGCUGAGGGGCAGCUUUAGGCUCCACCAGGUCGCGCCCGCCGCCUUCCCAAUCCAGUCAGAGGCUCCCCGUCGCGCCCUCGUCAUGGGGGAAUCCACCGAAGUAGUGCCCGAUUCUGGUGCUGUGUUUACAUUCGGAAAAACUAAAUUUGCUGAAAAUAUUCCUAGCAAGUUCUGGUUUAAAAAUGACAUUCCUGUUCAUCUGUCAUGUGGAGAUGAACAUACUGCCAUUGUUACAGGAAAUCAUAAGCUUUACAUGUUUGGCAGUAACAAUUGGGGCCAGUUAGGAUUAGGAUCAAAAGCAACUGUUAGCAAGCCAACGUGUGUCAAAGCUUUAAAGCCUGAAAAAGUGCUGUUUGCUGCCUGUGGAAGGAACCAUACCAUCAUUUCAACAGAAGGAGGCAAAGUAUAUGCAGCCGGAGGAAACAACGAAGGACAGUUGGGACUUGGUGACACAGAAGAAAGAAACACUUUUCAUCAAAUCAGCUUUUUUACAUCCCAGCAUAAGAUUAAACAGCUUGCUGCUGGAUCCAACACUUCAGCUGCAUUAACUGAGGAUGGAGAGCUUUUUAUGUGGGGUGACAAUUCUGAAGGACAGAUAGGCUUAAAUAAUUUAACAAAUGUGUGUGUACCUCAUCAAGUGACCGUUGGGAAACCCAUCUCUUGGAUCGCUUGUGGAUAUUACCAUUCUGCUUUUGUAACAAUGGAGGGGAAACUGUUCACGUUUGGAGAAACUGAUGGUGGGAAGUUAGGUCUUCCCAAAGAGCUGCUCCUCAAUCACGGAACACCCCAGGAGGUAUCUGCAAUUUGUGAGAAGGUGAUCCAAGUAGCUUGUGGUGGAGCACACACGGUGGUUCUCUCAGAGAAAGCUGUAUACUCCUUUGGACUGGGACAGUUUGGUCAGUUGGGUCUGGGCACUUUUAUUUUUGAAACCUCGGAACCCAGAGUCAUUGAUCGUGUUAAGGAUCAGAAAAUAAGUUCUAUUUCCUGUGGAGAAAAUCACACGGCUUUGAUAACAGACAUGGGUCAUCUAUAUACUUUUGGAGAUGGUCGACAUGGAAAAUUAGGGCUUGGACUGGAGAAUUUCACCAAUCAAUUUAUUCCUACUUUCUGUUCUAAUUUUUUGACAUUUAUAAUUAAGUUGGUUGCUUGUGGUGGAUGUCACAUGCUCGUUUUUGCCACUCCGAGAAUUGGUGUGGUGGAAGAAGUUGACUUAGAUGAAGUAAGCGACUCUGGCUUACAUGCAACGCCUUCUCUACCCUUCAACGAUCUGACCUCAGGACACGUACUGCACAGAACUUUAUCAGCACGUGUGCGGCGACGAGAGAGGGAGAAAUCCCCGGAUUCCAUGCGAAUGACACAGAUACUACCUCCAGUUGAAGGGACUUCUGUACCACCUGUUUGUUUUUCCCCUAGUUUAGUUCCUUUCUGCCCACCUGCAAGUCCUCUGCCAGAAAAAAUGCCUGAAAAGGGGGACGACUCACAACCAAUAGAACCAGAUUAUUUUGAAGAUAAAAUGACCGGAGAGAGAGAAACAGAUAAUUCUUCAGCGGGAGAUGCAGAAAGUCUUGGAGAAACUACUGAUGUCUUAAAUAUGACACAUGUGAUGAGCCAGAAUGCCAAUGACAAGCCAUUAAAAUUCUCACCAGUUCAAAAACAAAAGAAACAAGGAACAAUUGAGCAACUGAAGCAGUGUACAGCUCUUUCUGAAAGCGAUGAUAGUAAUGAAUGUGAAGAGAUGUCUCAAAAACUGAAAGAAGGGAAAGCAUAUAACCAGCUUUUGGCAAAAGGAAUGUACAUGGCACAAGAAGCUGUGACUCUGGAAACAUUUUCAGAUGAGGACGUAGGUAAUGAGUCAGGCCAGCCUGCACCUCAGGCCAACAUCUGUCCAGGGAAUUUUCAAAGAGGAUUAUUUAGAUGUCCAAGUAGAUAUAACCUUUAUCCACUCAGUAGUAAGGAAAUAGUAAACCAAAGUAGUAAAAGAUGCAGUGAGAGGUUUUCAGAAGCAGAAGAAAUAGACUAUGAGAAGGAAACAGUGCUGGAGGAGAUGGCAGGUCUGAAGAACGUGAGACAGAGGGAAAGGAGUUUUAAAAAUACUGAUACAUUUUUUGACAAAUCACCAAAUAGAAAUGUGAAUUUUGAAGAUGAAGAAAAUAAAGAUUUGAUUAAGGAACGUAGACGAAAAAAGGAAGAUCGGUUCUUUGACAGUGAAAGCGAAUCUGUAGAGGAGCCAGAGUGUUACUGGGACGGUGAAAGUCAGCAGGGUACAGCUGAUGCCUUCGAGCUACCUGACUCGGUAGAAUUUAGUAGUGGAGAGAAGGAGGACGAUGAUGUGGACAUUGACCCGAUCUUGUGGUAUAGCAGAUAUUUUAUUGAACAUGGACAUGAGGAAGAGCCUGAACACAAAAUGUACAAGUUCCUGGCAAAAUAUGAUACUAAGUGUGACCGCUUAUCAGAGAUUCCAGAGGAGCAGGAAGGAACAGAGGAUUCAGAAGCAAGUGGAAUAGAGGAGCAUGAGAUAGAGGCAAAUAUGGAGGAGCCUGAAGGAAAAGAGAAGGAAGUAGAGAUCCUGGCAGAUGACCUUACAGACAGAGCAGAGGAUAACGAAUUUUCAGAAAAUGAGGGUCUAGACAAUGUAGAUGAAGACACUGAUGACAACCUGGAAGAGGAAAAGAAAUCUGUGAAAGAUCAUGAACAUCCUGAAGAUGACCACAGCAAGGCCGUUGAACAGGUACCACCAACAACUGAAAAGGACAACAAAGUCAACCCGGAGCAAUGGGCCAUUCAUGAAUACAAUGAAAAUCCAAAAGGACGCAUGUGCAAGUCUGCAAAGAACGGUUCUUCAGAAGUCUCAGAAGAGAGUGAAAAUGUAAAAAAGUCAAAAAUGAUUUUCUUCUUUAAAAGGAUGUCAUUGACAGGUCAGAAAAGUAUGCAGAACAACGAGAUGCUCCCAGAGAUAAAAGCAAUAGGAGAUCAAAUAGUUUUGAAAGGCAAUAGGAACCACGUGGAACAGAAUCAUGAAGACGCUUCACACUCAGUUGUUGCAAAAAAGACAAGAACUUGCACAUUACUAUAAAUACACACUCUUUUCUCAUGGUCACCAAGCGUUUUGUAAUUUAUACUUGAAAAACAUGACUUCUGAAGGGAUGUUUCUGAUAAAGAUAAGAUAUAAGUUAAAGAUAAAUAUAUAAGUUAAUAUGUUUUAUUUGGUGUGAUCAGUACAUGACCAGUUUUCUUAUUUAUUUAUGCUAAAAUUUUUGACAAGCAAUUUCAAAAUGUAUCUCAGAGUCUCCUUCAAGUGUUGUGGCCUUAACUGUUCAGUGUUGCAUAAAAAUAUAUUUUUAUAUGUGAAAUUUUAAGAUAUUUCAUAGUUUCUACUAAACAGUUUUACUUCUUUAUAAUAUCAUAAUGCAAUCUUUGCAAUUGCACGACACUGUAACAGUUUUAAUGUAUUUGCAAUUUUUAAAACAGCAAAAAUGUUUUUGAAGAACAUAUUUUAAUAAACUAUAUC